UCCCAGAGCGACCGCUCGUCAGCGCCCAGACCGCAGGGGCCGCCCCUCCAACGGUAGCGGCUGUUGCUAGGAGACAGAGGGACGCGACUUGCUGCGGGGGGGGCUCAACAGCCAUGCCGAAGAAGGGGCGCAAGGCGGCCGCCCUGAGCGAGGAGGAGCAGUUGCUGCUGAUGCAGCAGAAGAUGCUGGCGGAGGAGGAGCUGCGCAAGACGAAGGAGGACAUGCUCACCCAGUUCCUGAAGGACAAGCUGGCGAAGGAGGAGCACAACAGUGCCCUCAACAUGAAUAAAAUCAACCUGCAGUGGCGCACGGUGCUGCGGGAAGUCAAGGCCAGAGAAUUGCGCAAGGACAUUGAGAUCCUGAGCCAGACCUUUGAGCGGGUGGUGGACUGCAAGGACAGUGUCAUCCAGUCGCUGGCCAGGGACCUGUCCGAGGCAGAGGCGCAGUACACUCAUGCCUUGUGCAGCCACCUGCACAACGUCGACCAGUUGCUACAGCUCCAGCGGUGCCGCCUGAGGUACCUGGAUGAGGAUUACAACACCGAGCUGGAGGCCCUGAAGAAGGAGUUUGAGACAGAAAGGAGGAUGAUCAUCGAACACCAUGACAAGGAAAGCCGCUACCUGCGGGACGUGCUGCUCGCCCUGGAGCAGAACUUCAGUGAGAGCGAGUACGAGGCCAAGCUGGACUUCCAGAGCACCAGGGACGACGUCAAGAACAAGAACCUGGAGGAGAAGCACUAUCUGCGUGUGCAGCUGGAGGGCACAGUGGAGGAGCUGUGGAAGCGGUUCCAGCAGGCGCUGAAGAACUACACCGAGGCAACAGAGGACCGGAAGAUUGCAUUUGAAGCCCUCAAGCUGAAGGAUGAGAAGAGCUCCAAGGAGAUUGAGAUGCAGAUGAAGAAGUUGCAGAAAAUUCAGGACUCCAUUGGCAUCCUGAAAGGCAAGAUCACGGCACACAUGCGGGAGGCCGAGGAGCAGAACCGGCACGUGCAUGAGGAGAAGGAGGUUGUGCUCAAGCAGCUGCAGAAGCUCAAGAGCCAGAUGAACCAGGCCAGGACCAAUGCCAGAAGCAACCUGGCCAAGCUCACCCUGGAGAGCAGCACUGCCCUGAAGAAGCUAAGGGGUGUCCUAGAAAAGGCAGAGCUCAUCCUGAGGCUGGCAGAGAUGUGUCGGAAGCUGGAGACCGAGGAGGAGAAGGUGCUGCCAUUCUAUGCCUCCUUGCUGAGCAGGGAGGAGCAGGAGAAGGUGGAGCAGGUCUCCCUGGAGAAGUCAGGGGAGCAGCUGGCCCAGCUGAUGCAGGAUUACCUGGGCCUGGAGCACUUCUGGCAAAGGUACAACAAGGUGAAGCUGGAGCAGCUUUCUCUGGAGCGGGAGAAGGCAGUGCUGUGCCAGGAGAACCAGAAGCUGCGCUUGCUGCUCAAGCAGUACCUGGACGGGAUCUCGGUGAGUGAUGAGGUUCUCAGCAGGCUCAACCCACUGCUCAUCAUCAACCACAAGCACCGUGCGCCUGGGCCUGCCAGCAAAGUCCAUCGAAAACAGCUCCUUCACAAUGUCAUCGAGGCUGCCCACGAGGUGCCACACAUCCUGUGCGCCGCCCACCUGCCCAGCCUGGGGCAUGCUGGGAACUGUGCUCUGUGAGCUGCGGCAGCUUGUGUCUGGCGCGCGUGGCUAGGCGAGUCGGGCAUGAGGAGCGGUGAGCGCUUCCCCCGCGGUGCUGUCCCACUUGCUGGGGAAACUCCGUGCCCAUAGGAAGCUGCCAUUAAAGGGUUGUACUGAU